AUGAUGAAUCAGAAGACGGCAAAGAUUACUUACGAUUGUAAAUGCUCGCCACUUGAAUGUCCACCAUCUCCAACUCUGGAAAAAUCUGCAAAAAUAUUAAAAUGUGGUAACAAUAGCAAUCGCGACGAUGAUUACGAUGGAAAUAUGAACUCAUCUGAUGAUGAUGAUGAGGCUCGUCCUUCAGGUUCUCUUGAACUGCGUAUUCCUAAUAUCAGCAUGUUUACAGAUCAGGUAUUUUAA